GGUGUGUCUCUGUCGACCCGUCACAGUUCAGACAGUUCAGGCUCGUUAUGGAAAACUCUGGAAGUUUCCACAGAGUUAUAAAGAAAGUACCCCGAGCACGGCGGGCAGAGUCGAGGCAGAGGACGCAGCGACGAACCGACGAACUGACGAACUGCGCCACUUCCGGACUUCUCUGACGGGCGUCUUUGAGCGCUUCAUGUGUCACUAGACGAGCCGCAGGGCAGGGUGAUCCAAAUGGGUAAAGACUACUACGACAUCUUGGGGAUUAAGAAAGGAGCGUCGGAGGACGACAUCAAGAAAGCUUAUCGCAAGCAGGCGCUGCGAUUUCACCCCGACAAGAACAAGUCUGCGGGAGCCGAGGAGAAAUUCAAAGAGAUCGCCGAAGCCUACGACGUGUUGAGCGACCCGCAGAAAAAGGACAUCUACGAUCGCUUCGGCGAAGAAGGACUGAAAGGCGGAGGCCCCUCAGGUAGUGGUGGUGGUGGUGGUGGUGGUCCUGGCAACUACAGCUACACCUUCCAGGGUGACCCUCAUGCCAUAUUUGCAGAGUUCUUCGGUGGGCGUAACCCCUUUGACCAGUUCUUUGGUGCCCGCAAUGGGGGCAUGGAUGAGGACAUGGACACUAAUGACCCCUUUGCCCGCUUUGGGAUGGGGGCCAGUGGAAUGGGUGGGUUCCCCCGCUCCUUCAGCUCUGGUAUGGGAGGAAUGGGCGGUCACAGCAGUGUCGUAAAGAAGCAGCAGGACCCCCCUGUCGUUCACGAUCUCCAGGUGACCUUGGAGGAAGUUCUGUCAGGUUGCACAAAGAAAAUGAAGAUCUCUCGUAAAAGACUGAACCCCGACGGGCGAACAGUAAGGGCGGAAGAUAAAAUCCUGGAGGUGCAGAUAAAGAAGGGGUGGAAAGAGGGCACCAAAAUCACAUUUCCCAAAGAGGGGGACGAGACUCCCACAAACAUUCCAGCUGAUGUGGUCUUUGUGUUGAAGGACAAACCACAUCCUGUGUUUAAACGCGAAGGCUCCGACAUCGUUUACACAGCGAAGAUCUCCCUCAGAGAUGCCUUGUGUGGCAGCACAGUCAACGCACCCACGCUGGACAGCAGAACUGUGACCCUUUCAACAACAGAUAUUGUGCAGCCAGGGAUGAAGCGGCGGGUCAGUGGUGAAGGGCUUCCUUAUCCCAAACGGCCUGGUCGUCGGGGUGACCUGAUACUGGACUACGAAGUCAAGUUCCCAGAAAGGCUCAGUCAGAGCGCCCGAGACACCAUCGCUCAGGUCCUCCCGUGAUCUUGAUGAAGACAAAAAGACCUUUUGGGCUUAAUAUCACUAAACUGCCAACUGUUUUUUUGUUUUUUUUCUUUAAUAAUGUGGAGCUUCAAAUAUGCCUCCUGUGUGUUCACUGUCAACCAUAGUGUUAAAUCAAGCAUGGGAGCAUGCGAGAAUGUAAAUAUUACCAGUUUUGGUGUUAAUGCUUGAUUAACUGAAUAGAUUAUAUUUUGAUGAAAAUAGGUCUAUUGUAAUAAAUAACAUGUGCGAGAUUUA